AUGAUGAAACUUUCUGCUAUUUAUAUAUUGGCUGCACUAAGCAAGUGUAGCCAUGCCGGCCUGGUAAAAGGCUCCCAAUGCACGAGUUUGUUACAGUCAUACCCCGAAGGUCCUGUACACGUCCAUACCGCGAGAGGAAUUCCAGCAGGAGGACUGAACAUUUCCUCCGAGGAUGGAUCGCAAGCGCAGAAUAAUAUUCCGAUCUGCCAUGUCCAAGGAACACUCACGUACGCAAAUGGCGAGAACGGCCACGUCCAGCCCAACGCAGACGGACAUGCAACACUCACCUGGGAGGUCUUUCUCCCUGAACAGUCUGAAUACAACGGUCGAUAUCUUGGAAUCGGAAACGGUGGAUACGCAGGAGUUAUCGAUAAUUACACCAUGCUCACCCACCUCAACCAAGGCUACGCCGUCGGCGGCUGCGACAGCGGGCACCAUAUCAAUGAGAAUGGAGAGGAUGGCGGGUUCGCUGCGUACAUGGAUGAUACCGCCAAAGUAAAGGCGUGGAUUCAAGACUCGAUUGCCUUGACUACUGGAGUUGCACGAGACGCAAUCACCACGAAAUAUUACUCACAGCCUCCCAAGUACAGCUAUUACUAUGGCUGCUCUACCGGUGGAGGACAGGCCUACUCACUCGCUCAGUUCUACCCUGAGCUCUUUGAUGGGAUAUAUGCUGAAGGGCCUGGGAAUUACUACACGCAUCUGGUGCUGAGCUUCCUAUGGAACCAGCAACAUACAGCCGGGGAUGGAUUUCUGGACCAGGAUAUUUUGGACUUCAUGACAGAGAAAGUCCUCGAUGCAUGCGACGAGAUUGACGGCGUCAAGGACCGAGUUAUCGAGAAUUCUCUCGACUGCCCUUUCGAUAUCAAAUCACUACAAUGCGGCCAAACAACCAACGAAAGCCCUUGUCUAACCCCAGCCCAAGUCAAAGCAGCACGCGCUAUCUACAACGGCGCAAAAGACUCUCGCAUCGGUAAAACAGUCUAUCCAGGCUUCAACCUCGGCACCGAAACCGCCUGGCUCGAUCAACAACAGACCCUAUUCAGCACGUAUGGCGCGCCAAUCCUGCGCCAACUCGUCUUCAACAGCAGCUACGACGUAACCAGUUUCAACUGGGGCAGCGACCUCGACACCGUCGCUAAACGCGCCUCACCAUUAAUCGACGGCAUCAGCACCAAUCUAACAGCCUUCCACCGUCGCGGCGGCAAAUUCAUCACAGCCCAGGGCUGGGCAGACCCCAUCAACGCGGCAGCAUGGCCAAUGCAGCACCUUGCUGAUAUCGAGGACGCAAUGGGUCAAGAUACUGUGUCCGAGUUCAUGAGACUAUUCAUGAUUCCUGGCGGUGGACACUGCGGGCCGAACCCGUCGUACCCGCAGGUUCCGGUCAAGCAUGACAUUCUGGAUGCGCUGAUCGAGUGGGUUGAGGGUGGGAAAAUACCCGAUGAUGGUAUAAGAAGCUCUGAACCCGCUGAUGGGUCUGACGUGACGAGGAGACUGUGUCCGUGGCCUGCUCAGGCGAACUUUGUCGGAGGGAACCAAGACGAGUGGACGGAUUACCAGUGCGGUGCUUCUUAG